AUGUCGAAGAGAAAAAACGAUUCUAUUGUUAUAGAAUUACGAAAGCAGAUAAAAUUGAUGCAAGAGCAAUUAGACGCAGUACAGCCGCUGGAAGAGCCGUCAGAACCAGAGGUAUCAGACACCGAGUCUGAUACAUCACAAAAAGAUGGACUAGAGACUGAUUUACUUGCUAAUUUUCAAGAUGAAGAAUCAGUCGAGGAAAAAGAAAACGAUGAUCAAAAUAAAAUUCGAGAUCAAAAAACUGAUCCAAUACCACCAUCGCUAAACGCAGAGCAAGCGAGCUGUAGUAAAACAUUAAGCGAAGAGGUUCUCAAGGUCCUGGGCGAAGAUCCACUAGCCUCAAAGGCAAUUGAUAUAAAACUACACUCGUCAUUAUCAGCAAGAUGGAAACAUUGGACAGCUAAUGGUGUACCAAAACAAGAAAUGGAAGAUUUAUUGUCCAAAUACGCAAGACAGGAGGGUUUAGAGGCACCUAAACUCAAUCUUGAGGUUAGCUCUAACCUGGGUGAAUCAGCGGUUAAACGGGAUAAAUUUAUCACCGAAAAUCAGAAAUCAGUUGGUUCAGCACUGUCUGCGGUAGGGUCAGCAUUAUCGAUGUUACUCGAAGAAGAUGAGAGCAUUGAUAAACUCGUUUUCGUAGAAAGACUGAGUGAUGCGACCAAAAUACUGUCAGAUUUGCAUUUCAGACUUUCUGAAUCGAGAAAAGCUUUUAUUCUCCCUGGCAUGACCAAGCAGAGUAAGAAUGUUCUAUCUACUACCAAGAUAGACGAGUUCUUAUUCGGAAAGAACUUAUCAGAUAAACUCAAGGAAGCCAGAGCCCUGGACAAAUUAACCCAAAGUAUGAGGUACCAGCAAUCCAAGGCAGGAAACCAAAACCCAUCAACAGCUUUUUUAAAAGGAGCAGAUUUAAGUAUCAUUAGAAAAACAGCAGGGUGGUCUAAUAGUUCAAAAAUGUUUGCAAAAGUUUAUAACAGACCACUCCUGAUAGAUAAUCAAGUUUUUGCUAAAGCUGUAAUACAUUAA